AUGUCGUCGACGCUAAAUGAGCUCCCGAGCGCGCUCCGAGUGUACCUAUUGCGUCUCUCGCUCAUCGCAAUCGUAAGUUACUUGUCCGUCGUGUUCCUGAUUCCCAUUGUCAGUCGCCACCUGCCUGCGAAGUUAUCGGGCAAAGAUCUGUGCAAGCGAGGGACGCCAGCAGGAGAUAUCCCGAUCCCUGAAGCUCUAGGCAUCGUGUCAGGCCUCGUCUACGUGGCAUCGUUGAUCGUGACGCUCUUCACUGUGGUGGACGACCCCGAUGUGAAGCGCAUGAUGGCGUGGGGGAUCGUCAGCAUCCUGUCCAUGAUCUUACUGGGCUUCGCUGACGAUCUCGCGGAUCUCCGUUGGCGCCACAAAUUGCUCUUCCCGCCACUCGCGUCACUGCCGCUGCUGAUUAAUUACCCUGGACUCACUGCUGUCGUGCUGCCCAAACCCGUGCGGUUCUUGUUUGAGCAAGACACGAUGUUGCACUCGGUGCUGACUCCGGUGAUUACGCUGAGUGAAGGAGGAGAACUUGCCGAGCUUGGUCUAUUCUAUUACCUUUACAUGGGCAUGAUGGCGGUCUUCUGCACGAACGCGAUCAACAUCUACGCUGGUGUGAAUGGUCUGGAAGCCGGCCAGUCUUUUGUGAUUGGCGCUGCUGUUGUCGUGCAGAAUGUGUAUCAGAUCUUGCUGGGUCACGACAACGAGAACUUCCACUACCUCUCACUCAUGUUCAUGGUCCCAUACCUGGCGACAACGCUCGGUCUAUUGAAGCACAACUGGUACCCGUCGCGCGUCUUCGUUGGGGACACGUUCUGCUACUACGCUGGUAUCACCUUUGCGGUGUGUGGCAUUUUGGGUCACUUCAGUAAGACCCUCUUGCUCUUCUUCUUGCCACAGGUCCUCAACUUCCUGUACUCGAUCCCGCAGCUGUUCAAGAUCGUGCCUUGUCCGCGGCACCGAUUGCCCAAGUUUAACGCCAAGACUGGUCUAUUGGAGCCGUCUACCAUUACGCCCGACUCCACGCGAUCCAACUACACGAUCAUCAAUCUCUUCCUUGUCGUGUUUGGACCCAUGAAGGAGAACCAUCUCGUUGUGGCACUGCUCGCGUUUCAGGCCCUGUGCUGUGGUCUAGCUUUUUACAUUCGCUACGGGAUUAGUGGCUACUUCUACGACUUUGUGCAGUAG